CUGCUAUCUUGACGCAAGUUUAAGCUGCACCGUUUCGGCUUCAUUAGUAGCGUGAGGACUUGGACUGACAGUCAGUUAAUUCCCAUUAAAAGAACACUAUGAAUCAAGAGAAGCUUGCCAAACUCCAGGCACAAGUGCGGAUAGGAGGGAAGGGAACAGCCCGCAGGAAGAAAAAGGUUGUUCACAAAACGGCAACAGCUGAUGACAAAAAACUUCAGGGCUCGCUGAAGAAACUGGCAGUGAACAACAUUGCGGGGAUAGAAGAGGUGAAUAUGAUAAAAGAUGACGGGACGGUGAUCCACUUCAACAACCCCAAGGUUCAGGCGUCUUUGUCUGCCAACACCUUUGCCAUCACAGGCCACGCCGAGACCAAGCAGUUGACAGAGAUGCUGCCAGGCAUCCUGAGCCAGCUGGGAGCCGACAGCCUCACCAGCCUGCGCAAGCUGGCCGAGCAGUUCCCACGGCAAUCAAUGGACAUGAAAGCAGUCAAGGAGGAAAUUGCGGAAGAAGAGGACGACGAUGUACCAGAUCUCGUGGAGAACUUUGAUGAAGCCUCAAAGAAUGAAGCAAACUGAUGAAUCCCAUUACUCUUUUGCCUCCAUCAGCCGUUUUAAUUUUUUACCUCUUACGGACUCGCAGAGGGCAUUUCCUCUUGUGGGGAAAUGUUAGUUAAAGGUGCAAUGCAUCAUCAUCUCCGGAGACGUGAACCACUCUGGUAUAGCCUGCCACAACAGCACAACAACAACAUGCAGAUACAGUAGGUUUUGAUUUCAGUAGGCUGUGAUAUCGUGGACACGCCGAGAAACAAGGAUCCAUACGAUUCCUCAGCACCCAAAGGACUCCAACUACUUUAGAAAUAAGCUUUCUACAUGGAUACACGUGGCUAGUAUUUAAGAGAUUGUUUAUGAAAUUACAAUUAAAAGUGAAUGAAGAAUUCGCUUUACAUCAUAGCGGUGAUUAUGAAUUUAAUAAAACAUUUUUGGGCUA